CCCAUUUGAACAGAUCUGGCAUCCCGAAGAAUUCUCGAAUGAAGGGGAAGAGAGGAAGGGAAGAGCCGGGAAAUGCGCAAAGCGCCUUUUUCUCCACUUUCGGAGAUGCCAAGCCGCGCGUCCAGUUGCUUGGAGAAGCCCGUUCACAGCCUCCAGCUGCUGCUCGCUUCGACAUGGACCCUGAGACCUGCCCCUGCCCUUCUGGUGGCUCCUGCACCUGCGCGGACUCCUGCAAGUGCGAGGGUUGCAAAUGCACCUCCUGCAAGAAGAGCUGCUGCUCCUGCUGCCCUGCGGAGUGUGAGAAGUGUGCCAAGGACUGUGUGUGCAAAGGCGGAGAGGGGGCCGAGGCAGAGGCAGAGAAGUGCAGCUGCUGCGAGUGAGGAAGCACCCCUCCAUGUGGAGCACAUGGAGAUAGUGCCAGGUGGCUCAGUGCCACCUAUGCCUGUGGUGAGGUGUGGCUGGUGUCCCCUUCCUCUGCUGACCUUAGGGGAGUGGCAAUAAAUCCCAUGAACAGCA